AUGUUCCCAUCGCUCAUUGUUCUUUCUGUUUUGGCAAUUACUGUGCUAGCUGCUCCAGCAACUAAACCAAUAGCAGAAUCGAGCAACGAAAUUGAAGAUUCAGAAGUCAAGUGGGACCGAUACGAGCCUGCCACAUUCUCACCAAAUCCAUCUUUUGUUGAAUUUUUCCAUUUGAUUGGUUCAAGAUUGUUGAAAUGA